CGCCAAAGCACCAUCUAACAGUACCUCGAGAGCAGCCAGCGUGCGAGAAGACCCUUCGCCAAUCGCCUUCUUAGAAUCCUCUUCUCCUCGUCUUCUUCUUCUUCUUCGUCUUCUUCAGAGCCAACGGCCAUCCCAUCCUGCAGAGGCUAUAAGACGGACUCACCUGUCCAACGGACUCAUUUCGGUGUUCUUGGUCUUGGUAAGCGCUGGGUCGAUCAUCGCUUGUCUCUCGAUCCGUUUGCAGCUUGAGCUCUCGAACUUGAACUUGACUUUGCGCCAGUGAGGUUGCGUGUGCUUGUGCGGUGUAGCGAGUGAGUGUCGGCUGAUUUUGCACUUGUCGAAGGACAUUUUCUGUUUGCCGGAGACCGGAGCAGAUCAUUACCGAACAGAGAGAAAGAUGGCGAACCAUAACCGAUUUGUGAUAGGAUUCAUUCUAGUCUCAAUAAACGUAUAUGGAAUCUUAGCAAGGAUAGCCUUCGAGAAACUCACAGAUUACGACUACAGAGGCAACACUUACUACACUGUAAAAAAUCUCAGCCUAUACGAAUGCCAAGGCUGGUGUCGAGAAGAACCAGACUGUCAAGCUGCAGCUUUCAGCUUCGUUCUCAACCCUCUGAUACCUCUACAAGAGACCCUAUGUCAGCUGCAGAACGAAACCUCAUCUGGCAACCCCUCUGCCACCCCUCAAAGGGCCGCCAACAUGUACUACAUGUCGAAGCUGCAGCUCAGAUCGGAGAACGUCUGUCUGAGACCUUGGUCCUUCGAACGGGUACCCAACAAGAUGAUCAGAGGGUUGGACAAUGCUCUGAUCUACACCUCGACCAAAGAGGCGUGUUUGGCAGCCUGCUUGAACGAGCACCGCUUCACUUGCCGAUCGGUCGAGUACAAUUACGUCACGUUGCAAUGUCAGUUGAGUGACACCGACCGCAGAACAGCCGGUCAAUUCGUCCAGUUCGUGGACGCUCAGGGUGUCGACUAUUUCGAGAACUUGUGUCUCAAGGGCAAUCAAGCCUGCAAAGGUAAUCGUAUAUACCAAGUGCCAAGGAUUGGAGUGGCAGACGACAAAGUUGCUCAGUACGCAAGCAUUCAUUACUACACCGACAAGGAACUACAAGUGACUGGUGAAGCAGCCUGUCGGUUAGCUUGUGAAAUUGAAAACGAGUUCCUUUGCCGAUCAUUUUUAUACAGAGGUCCGCCACAAGGCUCCCAAUACAACUGUCAAUUGUUCCACUUGGAUCACAAAACUCUUCCGGAUGGUCCCAGUACAUAUCUUAACGCCGAUAGGCCACUCAUCGACAAUGGGGAUAGGAUUGGGACAUAUCUCGAAAACAGCUGUGAAAAAGCCGCUACCGCAUCCGGUACAUCUGAUAACAUUCUUCCUGUCGUCUUCGAAACCACUGAAGAUUCCACACUCAACAACUUGACCAGAAGCGAUGUAAACUGCGAUAAAACUGGAACGUGUUAUGAUGUAUCUGUCAAUUGCAAAGACACCAAAAUCGCCGUCCAAGUACGUACCAACAAACCCUUCAACGGCAGGGUUUACGCCCUUGGCAGGUCUGAAACUUGCAACGUUGACGUUGCUAACAGCGACCUCUUCAGAUUGGACUUGACGAUGAAUGGCCAAGAUUGUAACACUCAAUCUGUGACAGGAGUAUACAGUAAUACAGUCGUUUUGCAACAUCACAGCGUAGUUAUGACCAAAGCCGACAAAAUCUACAAAGUCAAGUGCACCUACGAUAUGUCAUCGAAGAACAUCACCUUCGGAAUGAUGCCAAUCAGAGAUCCAGAGAUGAUCAGCAUCACUUCUGCUCCAGAAGCACCACCUCCAAGGAUCAGGAUUUUGGACAGCAACCAACGUGAAGUUGAAACUGUGAGGAUUGGAGACAAGCUCACCUUCAGGAUCGAAAUUCCAGAAGAUACUCCUUACGGAAUCUUCGCUAGAAGUUGCGUUGCUAUGGCGAAAGACUCCAAGAGCACCUUCCAGAUCAUCGACGACGAUGGAUGUCCGGUUGACGCAACUAUCUUCCCUGCCUUCAUUCCCGAUGGUACGGCCCUGCAGUCGAUAUAUGAGGCCUUCAGGUUCACCGAGUCCUACGGAGUCAUCUUCCAGUGCAACGUCAAAUACUGCUUGGGACCUUGCGAGCCGGCUGUUUGUGAAUGGGGCAGAGACUCUUUAGAAUCGUGGGGAAGAAAGAAGAGAAGCAUCAACAAUCAAACCGAUGAAGAAAAAGAAGAUGAUAUGACGCUCAGCCAAGAAAUUCUCGUUUUGGACUUCGGAGACGAAAAACAGUCGGAUUACUUCAGAAGCGAUCUGAACAGCGCUGAAUUUGGAAAAGACAAAACCGUAACAAUCGUCGAACCAUGUCCCACGAAAACGUCAGUGUUGGCCUUGGGAGUUACAUGUGCCUUAUUAGUUCUACUGUAUAUCAGCACGCUUUUCUGUUACUACAUGAAAAAGUGGUUGAACCCAGGAAAACACCUUGCUUGAACGGAAGAAUGAUAAUACAUAAGAAAAAUAGACUCCAGUUUUGGUGCUCCGAAUAAAAAAAAUAAUCACAGUAUUACCGAUAUGGUCAUACUGACACUGAUAUUCAAUGUACGAGGGGCGGUCGCAGUGAUCGACAAAUAGAAUAAUGAAUGUGAAAUAUCGAUCGACCCUCGUAUAUUCUUAUGCUAUAGGAAAAUAUUGUUACUUAGAUGGGACAUUUCUAUUUUUUUAGGAAUCGCGCAAUAUUUAGUGAUAAGUAACUCAAUUUUCGGGACGGUGAUGGCCUGGUGGUGGGACAGCUUUGAAAAUUUGUGAUAUACAGCGUGAUCCGAAAAAUAAAUAUCUGAAAUGAUCAAUGUGUUGAUUUUUUGGAUAACGCUGUAUAAGAAUUGAUACUUUUUACCGUUACAUACUCGGACGAAUCUCCUUUUCAAGGAUUGAAUUUUUGUUAGGCAGGAUAUUUUGUGGCGGUAAGAUUUUGAUUCUCUUUUCAACUUUUGUGAUCUUUCUGGAUUUAUUUAUUUCGUUAUUUAUUGUCGAUUGAGACUUGUUGUAUAUAUUAUAGAUUUUUUAAGUCAUUUUUGUAUUUAAAUAUAAGUGUAGAAUGCCCUAAUGGAUAUUUUUUAACAAAAUACAAAAUAC